GUAGGUAUAAUGCACGCGGUUCUUCUGGAAAGAUACAGGGAGAGCGUAUCCCUUACAGCUUGGGCCGGUUCACUUCAGACAGCGUUCAUGUCUCUCGGAGCCCCUCUAUCAAGUUUUGUUGUAGAUCGAUUCAGCUGCCGGACAGCCGUUAUGUUAUCAGGAAUGCUGUUUACAGCUGGGUAUUUGGGAACAGCGUUUGCACCCAAUAUUCAAACGGCUAUCUUCACACUGGGUUUCGUCGCAGGUUGCGGAGCUGGUGUCGGUUAUACUUCUAGUAUGGUUGUAAUUGGAUUCAAUUUCAAAAGAAAACGGCACCUGGCUUUGGGUUUUGUACUUUCUGGAAUGGGAGCUGGUCUCUUUGCGCUUGCGCCGUUGAUGCAACUUGCACGUGAUUACUAUGGAUCAACCGGAUUCUUUAUUAUACAAGCAGCGAUGGCUUUGAAUAUUAUAGCAUUUGGCGCAACAUUUUUCCCAAGUAAACUGGAACUUCAUACACAAGAAAUGCGAAGAGUUUGUAAAAAGGAAUGCCAUGAAACUCAGACUAAGCCAACGAAUGUCUCUACACUUUACUUUAAAGCUUUGCUUAAUAAACCAGUUAUUUUUCUAAGCGUUGGGAUGUUUUUGAACUGUUUCGGGUCACACAUUAUAUAUUUGCAUUUACCAAUAUAUGUUGUUUCAAAGGAAUUCACACAAAUGCAAGCGUCAUUUGUAGUCUCACUUGCAGGUAUAUUAGCCGUCGUGGGUCGUCUGAUAACCGGAUUUGUUGCCAAUUUAAAUAUUAUAAAAGAUAUAUGGCUAUAUUCAGGAUCAUUAGGAAUCGUUGCAGUAGGUACUAUAGUGUAUCCUCAUAUUUCGUCUAUACUAGCUGGGCAUAUCAUAUAUUCAAUAAUAUUUGGUUUGUUUUUCGGAAGUUGUUAUGUACUUAUGACAUCAGUAAAUGUCCAUUUUGUUGGUAUAAAUUUUGUGUCUGCAGCUAUUGGUGUCGAAUUGUUCUUUGGUGGAAUUGGUGCUGUUUCCGGGCCAGUAUUUGCAGGUAUACUAGUUGACAUUGGAGGCACAUACGAGCAAUCAAUUACAUUUGCAGGGAUUUCUAUUUUCCUGGCAGCAUUAUUAAGCGCACUGACUGUCUGUUUCAAUGCUCCUUUUAAAUAUGAAGACGUAACAAGAAUUGAAAACGUGGUUCCGGAACCAAAUGAAGGUGUACCUCUAGUGAUCGGGAAUAACCACGAAGACAUCACUUCAAUAUGAGUAUUAUUAAAAUGCAAAACAUAUUUAUAUAUUUGUCAUCGUAACAUGCUUUAUACCAACCUGUUAAUUGUUUGAAUGUUAUAUAAUUAUAGUAUCUAAUAUUAAAUU